AAAAGUUUCUAACUCAGACCAGUCUCUCAGAGGUCAUCGUUUGGAUAAAUUCAACUCGCUUUGAUAAUUCAUUAUACUAAAUAAGCUCCGGUACCCGCCUCGCGUCCGACAGCUGGCAACCCUCCCACUUGUUCAAACCAAUGUUAGAGGCGAUCAUGCAAGACGAAGAGAAUUCCUCAGUCUCUCCCAUAGAGAGCCUGAGCAACAGCGAGGACGAGGAGGAUAGGCAGCAGAAGAAGAGUGUCAGAAAGAGGCGACCCAGCAGGAAAUCUGGCGAGGAAACCGACAGCCCUGCGUCUGGGAAAAGAGGCAAGAAAACGGACGGUAGCCCGCAGUCCUUCGAAGAACUGCAAACCCAGAGGGUCAUGGCCAAUGUAAGGGAGCGCCAGAGGACACAGUCUCUAAACGAAGCCUUCUCUGCCCUGCGCAAAAUUAUCCCGACCCUUCCAUCGGACAAACUGAGCAAAAUCCAGACCCUCAAACUGGCAGCGAGGUGAACGAGAUUUGUCACAAAGGGCCAACCGCCGGACUAGACAACACGAGUUUGACGUCUGGAUACUUAAAACACGUUGAUCCUUACCGUUGAGGGAUAAUGAGAGAAGAGCAAAACAAAAACCAGUGGAAAGGGUGUGGGGAGCACUUACAGAAAACGAGCCGUGGACGUGGACCCAUCCAAUCGUGCGGCUGGACAAUCAUUUGUACUUCUGAGGUGUAUUUUUGCCAUUCACAUCAUUUUAUCCUGACGAUGAAUGUUGUUGGAACUCAUUCCUUCAUUUACUAUGCAUGCCUUCAACAAUCAUGUCUAUAACUGCUAUUGAGGACGCAGGAAAGUUGAAUCCUUUUAUUUCUGUUUUCCAAACUGAUAACGUGAACAGGUCUAGAGUGACAACGAGUUUAUAACAAAAAGGACCAAACUGUUAUGCAGUUGGUUAGUCUUUCCUUUCUCGAGAAACAUUUAUUUAUUUAUUGAUGUGCCAUGUUUCAAUGCAUAAAGAUCUGGUGUCCAAAUGCAUUCAUAUUUUGUCAUUGUUAUGUAAAUACCUUUGUAUAUUUUCUGCAAUAAAUACCUACGAUCUAAACUUUAAGGUAGUUAUAUACAUAUAAAUUUUAAUUUGAUUUAUAUUUAAGGGAUACAUUUGAUGAUGCAUAUGUGUUUCUAGUGAAUUGUUACGGCCCCCAGGAGACAGUGGGAUCUAACAAACGGUGUAGAAAAGACAAACAGAACGGCUACUGCCAAAGACCGGCGAGCUAGAAUGAGAGGGGGAAUGUUUUACCGCCGUCUCGCACGGACUGAUUCUUGAACUUCCAGGGAGGAAGAGAGAGAGAGGGAGAGAAAGUAAUCAAAAACAUUCACAACAAUGUUACGUUGCUUCGAAUUCUGGAUUCUUGUUAAUACUGUAGUGUUUGGACUUAACUCUAAGCUGUGAACGGAUUGUUUGAUUAGCGAUUCGUGUCCGAUUGUUUGUCUGUGUAAACUAAAUUAGUUCAUGAAUUCCGAAGAUAUUAUAAAUGAAAGACACCUUUUUUUUUUAACAGAUUGAUAUUCACAUAUUGUUAAUGUGCCGUGGAGCAUAAACAUUCAUACAUCCUAAAACGCACGUGACAAAGUAAUCUAAUUGAAAGGAAAUUGGCUGCAUUGUUCUAAACGAUUAAAGAGAAUUAUGUAGACAGAAAUAAAUAUGUCUUUUAAUACGAAA